UGCUGCCACCAGGCCAUGAUGCAGCUCCGCUCGUCCUGUGCUGACCUGAGUGAGGAGGAGAAGGUGGUGGCCAAGCUGGACGUGGAGCUCUUCAACUGCCAGGCCAGCGCCGAGGGUCGCCGGACAUACCCCUGCACCCCAGACACGGAGGAGCCUCAGGAGCGGCCGAGACUGGAGACCCCCAUCUACCACAGCCUGCAGCACCCGGCGCUGGAUGAGACCCUCUUCUCCGGCAAGCAGCACUGGGUGGCCCAGCUCAUGGAGGACAUCACCCAGCAGAUGGGGAAUGUGAGCGGCCGUGGAGCCCCGGGGCUCCUGGAAGGGUGCCGGGUUGUCCUGUCCGACCUCCACCACGCGCAGGAAAGAGCUCAGGAUGUCUAUUCCCAACUAGAGAGCGACCUGGCCCUUCUCCUGGCCCAGCAGCACCGGAUGGAGGAGGUGAUGGAGAAGCUGCGGCAGGUCAACCAGAGCCUGGGGCUGAUGCUGGCGGCUAUGGAGGGAGCCCAGAGCCAGGUGGAGAACCAUCUGCAGCACCUCCGUGCCAUCCUUGACUCAGCUGGUCGGAGCCCAAGUGCCAUCUCCACCUGCAUCUUAUACGGCUCCUACAUUCUGCUACUGGUCAUGCUACUGGUGCCCACGCCACCCCGUACCAUCAUCCUCCUCCUCUUUCUUGCCUCCAGUGUCCUCAGCGAGCUCCUCAGCAUCCCGGCGCUCUCUGCUCUCCUGGCCCUUGCCGUGGCAGCUGCCUAUCGUGGUGCUGGGGGAGCCUGGCUGGUGCUUCGCCAGGAGAAGCCCCAUCGCCAGCUCACCUCCACCCCGGACAGGGAGCACGAAGUGGAGCUGUUGCAGGAGGAGCUGGCCAGGAUGGAGAUGAGCUGCCUGCAAGAGCCCUUGUGCCUGGAGCAGCCCCCAGCGAUGGCGGGGGACCUUCCCGGCUUAGCAGGGCGGGUGCUACCUGUCCCUGGUAGCUGGAGGACAAAGCUGAGCUCACGUGAGUGGGAGAAGGCCAGGGGUGGUGCCAACAGCGCUUGUGGGGACAUGAUGUCCAAGGAGGACUUACGGGUGGAGAGGGUGUCCUCCAAGGAUGGAUGGUCAAGGCACAAAUCCUAUAUGACCCACAUGUCCCCAUGGGACAAGGGACACCUGGAAGGUCACCAGGGACAGAGGAUGCCCUGCAAGAACCUCUUCUUCCUCCACCAGGUGAUGGUGGAGCCAGCCCUGGGUGCUGGGAAGCAUUGGGAGCCCAAACCCUACAACCUGAGCCAGUCUCUGACCAGCGAUGUGUCCUUGUUGUCCCCACGGUCUCCAUGCCAGGGGCUCACCAGGGCCGGGCAGCGAUGCCGGAAGAAAGCCAUCCCUGGGCAGGACUUCUGCCAUGUCCACACCACCAGUUGA